AUGUUAGAUGCCGAGCGUAUAAACUGCAUAAAAGACAGGAAUAAAAAGCAAAAAGCGAAUUUGUCUGCAUCGGAUUCUCAACUAUUUUCUGAAACACAAAAGCUGAUAGAAGACCCUAAAGUGCAAAGGGCUAUUGGUGAAAUAGAGGAGCAGCAUAAAAAUCCUGAAACUAAUCCAGAUUAUGAUGGAGAUAAUCAAGAUGGUGCAGAUGCUACUUCAAAUUUUAUACAUGACGAUAUUAAUCUGGAUGAUGAAAAUGAAGAAUCUGAAAAAGAGGAGGAAAAGGAAGAGGAAAAAAAUGAAGAGGAGAAGGAUGAAAACAAAGAAGAGAAGGAAGAAAACAAAGAGGAGAAAGAGGAAGAUGAGAAGGAGAAAGAGAAGGAUGAAAAGCAACAAGAGAAGGAAGCUGAAGUUAGUGUAGGAGUUGAAGCAAAUACUGCAAACCAGCCAGUUGAUGGUGAUGAUAUUGAUGAAGAACCAAAUGAAGACCUCAAUAAUAUAGUAAGCUCGGUCACUGAGAGUGAUGGUGAUAAACAACCUGUUGUAGAAGAAACCAUUGUGCUUAAGAACAUUCACCAAGAGAUAGCUUCAAAGAUAAACAUCAAUGUAGAUUUGGAGAAAAAGAUGUUGAAGUUAAUUUCAUUUCAAAGUCGAUGA